GUCACAUCCCCGGCGAUAGACUUCAUCUUCGUGGGCUAUUUUCCCCGUGUGCUUCGAAGGGGAGAUAUCAUGGAGUUCUAUACGUACUCUGAAAAUCUUCUUUGACCUCCUCGUUCGCCCGUUCGGAGAAAAGCUGUGAACCCGUUUCGACCGUGCGAAAAUUCGGCCCGUCUCCCGCCUACCAUGAUCCUACGAUUCGUUGGAGUGGAAUUCUGUCAUCAACGGGAAUAUCAUCUGACUCCUCCGAAGAUUGUCUGACCUCCCCCGUCGACGGACUCUCCGUUCACCGUGCUGAAAAAAUUCUCCGGCUCAGCUUGAUCUCGGAGGGAAGCGAGAUGAAGGGAGUGCGGGCUCUGAUCCGCGGCGUGGAUAAUGUUCACGUAAUGAAAGCAGCUUGUUCUCUCAGAGAGAAUCGGUGGUGAACCGAGCUCAUGUCGCAAGAACUUGUCGGCGGCUCUCCGGGACCACCAUGUCCGCCAAACUGGACGCGGACCAUCACUCAGGGGAAAGCUGUAUAUACUACGCCAUUAGGUCACGAAAUAUGUAACCUCACGCAGCUGAGAGAUUUUCUCUUAUCUGAUGUAACUUGUAAGUGCAAUCUCCCUUGCCCCUUGAUUGUUGAUCAAUGGUUCGACUUCAGCUCAGGAAACAAGCGAGCUGUAGUAAGUCCGGUGACUCGCCGAGGAGAAGCGAGCCAGAAGAAAAUGAAGGUGUCGAGAGAUUCGCAGAACGCCCUGCUCACGACACGAUUGCUGACGAAGAAAGCGGACGCUUCGCAGAAUAAUGAUCAAGAGGUGUAUCGAUUCUCACCAUCGGCUACAUUGCUGCCUGCUUGCAAGACCUCGCUGGAGACAGCAUUAUCUCCGCCCCUCGCGCAAAAUGGGGCGGCCGAUAGCAAAACCCCUCUCGCGACAACAAGUGCCUGUACAAAUCAUCAACAAGAUUUCCUCCAGCGACACUCUCCACAGCUACCGACCACCCAGCAGCAGACGCAUCUCGAGUUCUCUGGGAAUCGGAAUGAACACCUCGUUAAUGACAACAACAUUUCUGGACUGAACAAACAGCAGCCCCUGUUUGUCACCACGGUCGAAACUCCGCAUCUAUAUCAACAACCACUACAGGUGUAUUGCUCGCCGACCCCUACUCGACCGAUCAUCUUGAACAGCUCCGGCUCUGUCCAAAACCCGCUCCUCAGCCCCCAACAGCCGGAAUUAAUCCUGAAUGGGGCUACUGGGCAGCUAUCCGCGGUCGACUUGAACACUGUGAACAGCAUCAACAACGCUCCGGGCCUUCUAUCGACCACGCAACUGUUCCCGUAUCCCCAUAUGAUUGAUUCGAUCAGCCCGGCCUCUAUCGUGCUCGGGGUCAGCAUGGGAUCUUCGGUCAGCAUGGGGAUCAUGGGACUCGACUCGUCGCACCUGCAACAGCUUCCCACGCUCACAACGGGCCCGAAUCGCGAUCUGAAUCAGAGUCAAGGAGGAUCAACUCUGGUUGUGUCGCCCUAUGGAAUGACCCCCAUGUCAUUGGAAGGCAUACCAUGCGGGGUUUUACAAACAUCCAAUGCGACGCUGGAUAAUUCCCAUUCGGCUUUGAACAAUUCUGCCUCUGCAGCCACUGUGAUAAGUGCCCAAGCGGCGGCGAGGACUGCUAAUGGUGCCACGCUUCUAUCCCCGCCGGUGCCUUCAGUUUGUCAUAUCUUACCCAUAAGUCCAAUGAUGAACGCGGAGAACGCCGCGCCUGUGGAUUCAAAUGAAAACGCUCUCUUGUUCAACGUGACUCUGGAUGAAAGUGCCGUUCUUCUUCAGCCUCAAGAAUGUGACGUCAAUCAAUGA